UUACUUAAAUCUUUAAUCUGUUCAAUUACAUAAUAAAUAAUAAAAGAUAUGAUUAUAUGAAUGCUGUAAUAACUAUUUUGCAGGUGAUUGGUUCUUGCUGGUAUCUUCUAUCAGUUGAGAGGCAAGAAGAGUGCUGGAAGAAAGUAUGCGAUCUUCAACGGCACAAAUGCAAGUACUUGUAUUUCGACUGCGACACGAUCGGUGAUUCGGAUAGGAUAACCUGGUUUUUAUCGAGCAAUAUUACCAAAUUAUGCGGGCCCCGGAGCGAAUUCUAUAACUUCGGAAUCUAUGCCGAUGCGUUGACUAACAAAGUUGGAAAUUCAAGCUUCCUCAGCAGAUACUUCUAUUGUCUUUGGUGGGGUCUCAGAAAUCUGAGCUCCAUCGGGCAGAAUCUUGUAACUACGACAUAUAUCGGCGAGAUUAAUUUCGCCAUAACCAUAGCGAUUCUUGGCCUGGUGCUUUUCGCGUUGCUCAUAGGGAAUAUGCAAACGUAUCUCCAGUCUUCGACCGCUAGGCUGGAAGAAUGGAGGGUGCGGAGAAACGACACCGAAAAGUGGAUGCAUCACCGGAAACUCCCUCGUGAAAUAAAGGAAAGGGUCCGUAAAUAUGAUUUGUAUAAAUGGGUCACUACAAGAGGAGUGGAAGAGGACGCCGUUUUGAGCGGUCUUCCUUUGGAUCUCCGACGAGACAUCAAGCACCAACUUUGUUUUGAUCUUGUUCGACGAGUUCCCCUGUUCGACGAGAUGGAUGCAUGCACGUUAGACGCAAUAUGCGAAAGAUUGAGACCAAUGCUAUCCACACCGGGCACCAUCCUAAUCCGAGAAGGCGAUCCCGUAAUAGAAAUGCUAUUCAUACUACGUGGCCGCCUCGAAUCCUGUACCACAAACGGUGGUCGGACAGGGUUUUUCAAUUCUUGCAGCCUAGGUCCCGGCGACUUCUGCGGGGAGGAGCUGCUGAGCUGGGCACUGUACCUGCGGCGGCAGAGCGGGGCCCUCCCUUCCUCCACCAGAACCGUCACCGCCGCCGCCGAGGUGGAGGCGUUCGCCCUCUCCUCCGUCGACGUCAAGUUCGUGGCGUCGCAGUUCCGGAAGAUGCACAGCAAGCAGCUCAAGCACAAGUUCAGGUUCCACUCGCAUCAGUGGAGGACUUGGGCGGCGUGCUCUAUACAGGCUGCAUGGUUUAGGUACCGGACGAGGAAGGCGGCUGCAGCGGUGACAGCUCAUCAUUGGCCGCCGCUGGAGUUGGCGGUGAAUCGAUGUGCAUCUUUACCGGAGAGGGUGGCUGCAGAGUUUGGUUGUUGUAGUUUGAGGAAUGGUUCACAAAUGGAGUUGCUAACUGCAUUACUGAAGCCUGUGGAACCUGAUUUUACAGUUGUUGAUAAUAGUGAAUGAAACAUGAAGAAUUUGUUUUU